CCCGCACUGACAGCCGUGGACGAUGGCGGCGGAUGCUUCAACGGAGCUUCUUUUUCUAGAUACUUUUAAGCACCAGAGCGCAGAGUUAACUAACGUGGAUGUGGUGCGGUUUCCAUGCGGGGUGCUGGUGACAGAGGUGCGUGUGAUUCCUCCGGGGAUCAAAGCGCACAGCAACCUGCCCGACAGCAGAGGUUUUGGCGAGACGUCGCCUCACGCCUUCCAGUUGGAGCUGUUCUUCAAUAAUCUCACCAAACCCAACAGCCCCACCUUCCACAGAUUGGGCAGCCUGGAAUAUGAUGAGAACAAGUCCAUUGUGUUUCGACCCAGUAGUGGAAAGAUUAACACAGAUGGCCUGGUCCUGCGUGGCUGGUACACCACCCUGACCGUGGCCGUGUACGGUACAGCGGAGCGAUCACACGGCCACAGCCAGGAAUCCCCCCCUCCUCCUCCGCCCCCUCCGCCUCAGCAGCCCAGCGGGCUCAAGAGGAUCGUUAAACAAGAAUGGGAGAAAGAUGACCAGUACAAUGGCAGCCCGCCCCGACCGGCACCCAGAGGGCCCCGCACUCCGCCUGGACCGCCGCCCCCAGAUGAUGACGAUGAAGAGCAGGUUCAGAUGACGGUGGGAGCGGUAAAAGAGGAGCCCAGCGAGGGCCGUGACGACUACCUGGAGGCCGUGUCACCCGAGCGCUCGCUGCCCGCCGACGAGACGUACUCGGACGCCGAGCAAGAGGACGAGGGCGACGAAGAGGAGGAGGAGGACGAGCAGGAGGAGGAGGAGGACGCGCGGACCGAGGGCAGCGUGCCGGAGGAAGAGGAAGAGGAGGAGGAAGAAGAGGAGGAUGAGGGUGAGGACGAGGAAGAGGAGAUGGAGGAAGGUGAUGACGGCUACGAGCAGAUCUCUAGUGAUGAGGACGACCUGGGUAAUGGCGGCUUCAAUCUGCCCUCCUUUGACAUGGACUACACUCCCGAGGAUCUUGCGUCUGUGCCGCCGGUCCAGUACGACCCAUACGAACGGGAACUCAGACCCCUUCUUUACUUCACUCCUCCGUAUAAGACUCGCUUCGAUACCCAGUUGGAGAAGGCCAGCGCGGAGGAACCCAGGGAUGCUGGUGGGACCGAAGGAGCAGCAGGUGGAGAGGAGGCCGAGGCCGUCUCUCAGCUGAAAGAACUGCUCUCCAGUAUCGGUGACGACAGAGACGCCCACUGGGUCGCCGCUCUGGAGGAGGCGCCCGGACUGCUUACCAAAGGGUUGGCUCAUUUGAUCAAACAAGGAGAGGGAGAGACGGAGGAGCCCCUCGAGGUUUUGGUGAAGUGGACGCUUCAGGCUCUCAGCAUGGACGUCGCACUCAAGCAGCCCAUCGCCCUGAACCUCAGACAGCUCAAAGCCGGGGCCAAGCUGGCGUCGUACCUGGCGGAGUGUCCACAGAGCCUGACGGUGCUGCUGCGCGACGGGGCUCUGAGCGCACUGCUGGAGCUGCUCCACAGAGACCACGUCUCCUCCACGCUGAAGCUGAGCAUCCUGAAGGCGCUGGACGCUCUGAUCAGCGCUCCUGCUGGGGUGGAGGCUUUUCUACAUUCAGGAGACUCAGAGAAAAGUGGAUAUCAGCGUCUCGUCCAGCUGUUUCUGCGAGAAGAGACGGUGAGGGUCAUCACGGCCGCGAAUGCCAUCUUACAGAAGAGCCACAUGUACGAGGUCCUCAUCGACCUGCAGCAAACGGCAGCAACAUGGAGCGAGCCCCAGCAGGAGGAGAUGGAGGACGCCGAGAGCCCCAUGGAGGAGGACUUGUCCCUGAACUCCUCCCCUGUCAGCGAGGGGGAGCUGGAUAGGAUGGCUGAGGUUUUGGAAGAGCUGCAUCACCUGUUGGAAACAGCCCCUCACUGCAUGGUGCAGCCUCCCGGGAAAGCCUUCCCCACGACGGCGAGGAUAACGGGACCACAGGAGAGGGACAACCCAUACCCCACGCUGUACAGGUAUAUGCACGCGCGUCGCUUCCUGGAGAGCACGACGGCGGUGCUGUCGGUGGCGGCGGCCGCUGGUCAUCUGGGCGUCACCCAAGCCGUCCGGGAGCUUCUGCGCUUCCUCUCGGCCACUCAGUCAGGCCUGCUCUUCCUCCUGGCCCAGCCCACCCCCACCAACCUGCUGCUGCGCCUCCUGGCGUCGGUGGCCGACUCCGAUGGCGAGGAGAGCACGUUCACCCGCGGGGAGGCAGGACUCACGGGGCCCGGCUUCGGCGAGGAGGGCUUUGGCGCGUGGCUGAUGCAGGCGCUGCACGCCCUGCAGGGCAUCUCCGAACUCAUGAGCCACGUGGCUGCCGGAGGAGAAGGCGGCGCGGGACUGGAGGAGGGCGACGUCGCGGAGGUCCUGGCCAUGCUGCACGCCAUCUACCUGAUGACUUUCACGCAGACGGGCCGCAGCGCCGUCGCCCACGUUUUCAGCCAGGAGAACAACUUGUCGUGCCUGGUGACGCUGCUCCAGCACCACAGCAAGGAAGGACAGGAUGAGGCCAAGGCUCGCAAAGCAGUGACGUAUAACUAUGCCUGCAUGCUGGUUUUGCUGGUGGUGCAGACCUCUAAUGAGCUGCGGAUGAUGGAACAAUACGCCGCUCCACUGCUCACCUUAGCAAAGGCAGAUGACACGAACGCCAAAUUACAGGAGCUCUGUAAAUGGUUGGAGCCACUGGAGAAACUCCGCUUUGAAAUUGGCAGCUGUCCCACCCUCAUCGACUACAUCAAACAGAACGUGGAAAAUGUGCUGACUGCCGAAGGAGCCGGGCUGGUGACUGCUCUGAGGGUCCUCUGCCACAUCGCCUGCCCGCCUCCGGCUGUGGAGGGUCAGCAGAGGGAUCUGAAGUGGAGCCUCGCAGCUGUCCAGCUGUUCUCUGGGGAAGGUCUGGACACGUGCGUGCGCGUCCUGCAGAAGCUGUGCGGCGUGCUGCUGCAGCCGUGGCGCGUUCACGGACACAUGGGCCCGACGCAGCAGCGCUGCAUGAUCCUCAGCAUAUGUAUCAGCACCCUCAGGUUACUGCGCACCAUGCUGACGGAGCUGCUCCGCGGCGGAGCCUUCCAGUUCAGGGACGCCCGCGUUGCCAACGUGUUAGUGACACUCCACAUGAUCGUUUGCUCCAUCCCCGCGUCGGGACGUCUGGACGGCGAGGAGACCAGAGUGCAGGCGCUCAUCGUGGACGUGCUGCUCACCUUCACGCAGGGCGUCAGUGAGGAGGUGACUCAUACAGAAGAAACUCUGGCCAGCAACACGUGGUCUUUGAUGCUAAAAGAGGUUUUAACCUCGCUGCUCAAAGCUCCAGAGGGUCUCUUCUCGGGCCUGACGCUGUUGUCAGAGCUCCUGCCUCUCCCACUGCCAAUGCAGAGCACUCAGGUGAUUUCAGUCCAAGACGUGGCGGUCGCCUUAAACACAAGGAAGCUAUGGAGCAUGCACAUCCGUGCGCAGUGGAAGGUGUUCUCCGAGGCUCUGAGGACCGUGUGUGCCACCAGCUGCCCUCCCCUUCUCGCCAUGCUGAGGCGAGUGUGCGUUCAGCUGGCAGACCUUUCCUCACCCACUGCCACCCUCAUCAUGAAGACGCUGUCGGAGAUGCUGCUGGAGGAGCUGCAGCCGGCGGAGGGUAAAAGCGCGUGCUGGGCCCAGGUCGUGCGACUGCUCUCUCUGCUGGACGCUCUGGCGUCUCAGAGAGCUUGUAAGAGCGCAGUGCUGCACCUGCUGUCCGGGUCGGUUUCCGGAGACGAACAAAUGGCCGACCUGUUUCCCUUGCUCCUGUCUCUGUUGGUUCCCGCAACUGAUCACACCUUGCAGCAGCAGCAGCAGCAACAGAGCAGCGAACUCGUGGGGACGAUAUUACAGUCACUGUGUGACCAGGACAUUUCUCUGGUGGUGUCCUCUCCUGGUGAGAGCUGUGUGUCAGAAGCAGAUCAACUUGCCAAUGCUCUUCCAGGGCGAGACAUGAUGUCUUCAGUGUGUAACUCCCUGCUGGAGGUUUUGGGAACUGCGGACAGCAGCGUCCAGCUCCUCCUCACCUGCAUCAGGACGUUAACAUUCCUCACAGAGCACGACUACGGACUCUAUCACCUCAAAGUUGCUCUGAAGAAACACAGUGCAGGACUUUGUGCACUUUUGAAGAGGCUGGUGUUCUCAUUCAAUAAAGACUCAGCGGUUCUGAUCUCAGCUCUGCUCGACUUCCUCAGGCAGAUACUCACCACAGAAACAAUGGGCACCGAGGAGGGCCAGGGGUCCAGCGAAGAGUCUGCCUUUACUCCUCCACGCCUGCUGUCAGGAUCAGAGAUGAAGGCUCUGCUGCAGUGGGAGGAGUCAGACACACAUCCACUACCAGCUUUGGAAAAACAGAUCACGAAACUAUGUAAAGAAGAUGAUUCACUGGAAACUUUGUUGGAGAACGUGAUUGUUCUGAGGCAGACAUUGGAAACGGCCGGCGACUCGCCUCCCACAGCUGAUACUGAGCCCACCCUCCCCCCACCGGAGACUCUGGGAGCACAGUUCAACCACAGGACAGUGUUCAUUUUGUCAGAAGCUCUGGACGAGCAGCUCAAAGCUUUGUGGUUCUCACCCUUCCAGACUGAUGAUAUAGAAGGAGAUCUUGAUAUGGUGAAGGUGGAUCUGGUGGGUUUGGCUCAGGAGUGUUGUCCAGAGCUGGACCUGAAGGCGGAGCUGGAGCGCUCCUUCCUGUCUGAGCCGUCGUCUCCGGGUCACACCAAGGCCCCCAAAGGUUUCCGCCUGGGCAAACACAAGCACGAGACCUUCAUCACAUCCAGCGGGAAUUCCGGCUACGUGGAGCCCGCCAAAAGAGCCCACAUCAUGGCCGUCCCUCGCGGCCGCGGCGGUCGCGGAGGCUUCGGACAGAACCUCUGCCGACCCCACGACAUCUUCCGACAGCGCAAACAGAACACCUCCCGUCCUCCCAGCAUGCACGUGGACGACUUCGUCGCAGCGGAGUUUAAAGACAUUGCUACUCCUCUCGGGCUUUUGCCCCCCAAGCGGCCCCCGAAGAGCGCCCCCAAACCCCCCACCAGAGGACUGUUUACUGGCAACCGGGGCAGAGCGACGUUCCACAGCCAGACCCGCUUCUUCACCCCGCCACAGCCCAAAGGCGUCCUGCUGUCAGGAAACUACGCUCGAAGAGAAGGAGGCCGCGGUUCUUCCUGGAGCAGCCAGGUUCCUGCCGUCACUCACAGAGGGACGUACAGCGAACCCCGCGGAGGCCAGAGCAACUUCACACGAGGGCCUCUGCCGUCCCGGCAGCCCGCCGCAAGUGUGUUUCCAGGCGCGUAUCGGCUGGCUCCACGGGACCGGGCGCCCCGGGGCCGGGGGGGCACCGGCCUCUCCUGGCUCAGCGGGGGAGGCGGGGCCGGCAGCGCCGGAGGAGGCGGCGGGGGAGUCGGGGGAGGCGGCGGGGGUAGAGGAUCUCAGGGGAGCAAGUUCAGCGGCGGGGGCGGGAGCGGAGGCGGGAGGGGCAGACACGUUCGCUCCUUCACCAGGUAAACUCACCUGGGACACGACUGCAGCCUCCCAUGGCAACAUAUGGACCAAUCAGGACAUUAUAUAUGCUGUCUCCAUGGAAACGUGGUAGUAUGACGUAGUCACAAUGACGUACAGACUGUGUUGUUGUUUUGUUAUGACUUGUGUACGGAGAACAAACGAGAUUGGGACUGAGUUUACACCUUUGUUUUUAAAUGUUCAAAUAAAAAGUGAACACAUCCAGGA